CAUAGAAAAUGCAUAAACUAACGAAAAAAUUACUUUGCCAGCCAGGUUAAAACUAACACACAAUUAAUUUUAUACACAAGUCAAAACUCGCACGGCGCAUUUUGAUCAACUAUCAACGAAUAAGUCCGCAAAAAAAGACUAUCAAGCUCAUACUAGUCCGAUUUCUACAAACUAACAAUUUGUCUACAAACUAAUAAUUAUAAUAUUAUAAAACAUUAUGGACUCCAAUGGAGCUUUUCGUGGCCCAAAAUUGAGUAUCGGAGAACAUGAACCUACAGAAUAUGCUGUCCACAACCAAUCGAGUCUUGACGAAGGCGAUAAUUUGUAUGGGCGACUGUUGUCAACUGACAGCGGCCGUGUAUAUCGAUACAAACCAUUCGACAUCACAGAUGAUGACCCUUAUGAAGAUAUCAACAAAGCAGGCGGAAAAAAUAAUGCACAGGAGCCCGGAAUAUACGAUUCAAUUGGACUGGAACGAAGUCAAGUGCUUGCUCUUAGAAUUCCAAAAGCAGCCGACACGAGAGCCAACCAAGCCGAAAGUUCUAUGAGCCGACAAAAUUUACCUGAGCAUCAAAAGCCAUCAAAUUUGCCAAUACAACCAGCACAAAAAAAGUACCAGGCACCUAUUGGUAAUCCCGCGGUACAAAGUCAACAAGUUCGACCUCAUUUUUCCCAAAACCUGGCCGGCAACGCUCCCGCUAAUAAUUCGGUUGGUGUUAGAUUUACUGCCCAAACGUACAAUGCCCCUCCAUCGCAAACAAACAACAUGAACAACGGAACUAAUUCAAGUCAAGGGACCAUUAAUGCUAAGGCGCAAUCAAAUUAUGAUUUAAUGUCCCAUAAUAAUCCAAACAUAGAUAAUACAGUUUUAAGCGUGAACAAACCUGCGACGACUCAUAACAACCAGACCGAACGCAUGCUCCAAUAUUUCGACCCAUUAAAAGAUGGCGAAUUGUCACCCCCGCCAAAUUACACGUCUUGGAAUCAUAGCUUAGAGUACCUAAACAUGGGUGAAAAUUAUAAAAGCGACUUCCAAGAUAACUUUGCUCUUUUUGAAAACGCCAAAUUUGAGCAGCAAACCGAUAGUUCUCAAGGUCAAAAAUUUAUCCAAAAGGUUUCAAGCUCUAUUGGCGGAGGGUCGGCAACGGUAGGUCCAAGUGCAUCGACAAGUCCUGUUGAAAAUCUCCCUUCUAACGUCAGACGUCAAACCAUGGGCCAUCAACCGAUCAACUUGCAUGAACAGUCAAAGAUUCUCCAAAACCAGAAUGCACAAUCAGUCCUAAAUCAACAUCAACAACAACACCAAAAUCAACAACAACAACAACAGUUGCAACAACAACAGUUUCAACAUCAGAGCGAAAAAUUAAGAGUUCAACUGCCUCCGAGAAACGGAGGGGGUAGUUUUGAGAGUAGCGACGAUGAAAAUGUCCCUGGAGGUCAAAUUGGUCCAACCGUUUUUACAAACCGAUCACAAAACGGGCAAAACUCACUUGAACAACCAUUUAAUCAGUUGAAUUUGGGACACAAUUUCACAGGUGCGGGGUUCAUUCCGAUGAGUCCGGUGCACAAUGGAACGCCCACAUCAACGGCUGCCAACAGUAUUAACGUCUGCGCAAACCUUUAUAACGUUGUUGAAGAUCCACCAGCAUUUGACAAUUCGCGUUUCGAGCCGCCUCAGAAAACGGCCAUGGCCCAAAAUGCACAGCAAACUAGAAGACCAUCAGCCCCAAACCCAAACAACAAUCCACUGCCAGGUUCUGGCUCACAAGGUGCGAGAUCUGUGAGUGUUGGCAUAAUGAGUUCAUUGGGCGAUGGUUUCAUGCCCUAUCAGGAUCUGUGGAACAAACCAUACUUUGACAUGACGAUCACUCUCAAAGAAGCAGAGGACAAACUGCGUGAGCAGAAGAAAGAGGGCUGCUACAUAGUUCGAAACAGUAGGAGCAAGGACGGACUGAACUUCGCCAUCACUUUCUACUCAAAGAGGGUGGAGGGAACAGUGCGACACCUGAACAUCACUUUCAUCCCAGAGGCCAAACAGUGGAGACUGGGAAAGGUGGAGAGGGAGAACGAGCUGAGAUUCACAAAGGUAUCGCAUUGCGUAGAGCACUACUUGAAGAAUGGAUUUGUGCUUGAAAAUGGAGUUGAAGUGCGACUAGAAAAGCCACUCAAAACCAAGAAGACCAACGGUGAUGGAAAAGGAGCGGCGAAAAUAGUGGGCAAAAUAUUCCACAAGUGAACCCAUCUAGUUUACUGAACUAUAUUUUGUGGUCUGAUUCAAUGGAAAUAUUGAAACUGAUGCGAUGAUAUUUAACGGGGGCGUUCAACAGUGCCAAAGAAAAUCACUCCAAUUUUGGUGCCAAAAUGUCUGC